AUGUCCAGCCCUGGCCCCGGCCCCUCAGAGAACGGCUCGGCUCUGCCUCUGCCUUUGCGACCAGCCUUGAGAGAUUUGGACGAGGCGCAAAGCCCAAGGAGCGGUCCAGUGAAAGUUGUUUCCAUCGUCGAAGAGCCAGAAAGCAUAACCCCUCUAUCUGGCUCCGAGGACACAACUCGACCGAAGCAAUUCAAAGCAGGUGUAUCAGAGAGGAGGAUGACGGGUCGACCAAGUUUCCAUUCGAGCGCGUCCUCUAGGCUGUCGAUAGUCAGCGCCGACGAUUCAGUUCCUGCUUCCAACUCAACAACCUCUUUUCUUGCCCCAAAGCACCAUGUACAUCCUUCUAACCAUGAGACACUGCACCACCAUCACCACGAGCAUCGCCACAAAAAGUUGCUGUCGCAGGUCGCGGAAUGGCUACAAGCAGAGAAGGCCAAGAGGGCCGCGAGGAAGGCGCAUAAACAAGGAAAUGGGCCAGAGGAUCGAGAAAAUAGUAGAUACGCUCGACCACGGACAUCUAGCCAAAGCUCUGACGCCAGCGCUAUCUCCCUAGAAAAGCUGCAGCAGAUUCUGGAAGACAACAUGAGCUCCUUUGGAAUUGAGAACGUCCCUUCGACCUCUCCAUCACCGGUCGCACGUCAUCCAAGUCAUAAUUCACGAAGGCGGCCGUCAAUGAGAAAGGCGUAUGUGGGAAGCUCUGAUACUGAAUAUCAGGACGGUGAUGUGGUAUUGCCCUCGUGCGAUGUGGUACUGGAUAAUUCGAAGACCAUGUCGUACGGAGGCGGGGCUUCGGAUUCGGCCAUGGAAACAGUGACUCUGAGCAACAGCAAGAAAGCCGAGAAGGAACGUAAGGCUUGGCUGGCGUUCAAGGGUGAGAUCUUACGCUUGGCACAUACCUUGAGGUUGAAGGGCUGGAGGCGUGUACCACUGGAGCGUGGAGGUGAUAUUGAGGUCAAGCGCUUGAGCGGUGCUCUUACCAACGCUGUUUAUGUUGUUUCACCACCUCAAGACUUGCCUACUCCAGAGGGGAAGGCUGGGCUGAAACCUCCUGCCAAGCUUCUUCUACGUAUCUAUGGCCCCCAGGUUGAGCACCUCAUCGAUCGCGAGAAUGAGCUUUCCAUUCUCAGACGUCUGGCUCGUAAAAGAAUUGGUCCGAGAUUACUCGGUACUUUCAAAAAUGGACGCUUCGAGGAGUUUUUCAAUGCGGAGACCCUGACGUUCGAUGAUCUCCGGAUCGAGAGCACCAGCAAGCAGAUUGCAAAACGAAUGCGAGAAUUGCAUGAUGGCAUUGACCUACUUGAGAAGGAGAGAGAAGACGGGCCAUUUGUCUGGUUGAACUGGGACAAGUGGGUUAACACUUGCGAGAAGAUCAUCAGCUAUCUUGAUAAGGAGAUUGGUGGCGGCAAAGAGGUAAAGGGCGAGCUAUGGCGAUCAAGAGGAUUGAUUUGUGGAGUCGAAUGGCCACAAUUCAAGGCUGCUAUUGACAGGUACCGUAAGUGGCUUGACAGCUACUACGGGAAAGGGGGAGUCUACCGGAGACUGGUAUUUGCUCAUAACGAUACACAGUAUGGCAACAUCCUCCGCCUCGUACCUGAAUCUCCAACCGUAGGAUCAGCACCAUCUCCACUGCUCCUCCCAGAGAACAGGCACAAGCAAUUGAUUGUCAUUGAUUUCGAGUACGCGUCAGCCAAUACCCCGGGCCUGGAGUUUGCCAAUCAUUUCACUGAGUGGUGCUACAACUACCAUGAUGCCACCAGAUCCUGGGCUUGUAAUACUCAAUCGUACCCAACGUUGGAGCAACAAAAGACUUUUAUUCGGUCUUACCUCAAUCACCGGCCGCAGUUCAACCCAAGGGCGUCCACAACACCCAAGUUGAACCCGUUGGAAGCAUCUUCCAGAAAUAGUAUCUCGGACUUCUACCUUGACUCUCGAACCCCGGGCGGCAGCACCUCGGAUUUCCCUUCUCCCAGCAACUACUUUGAGGAAGAGGCCAGCAGAGAGCACGAGACGGAACUUCAAGUCCAGGACCUAAUUAAGGAAGUCCGCAUCUGGCGUAUUGCGAACAGCGCUCAAUGGGUUGCAUGGGGUAUCGUGCAAGCUCAAGUUCCUGGUCUUGAUGAGAGCGCGGAGCCGGUGGUUCCCAGUCCCGAGGAAGGCGAGGAGCCAGCGCCACUGGGAGAUGCCAGUGUGAAUGCGCCCAAAGAAGAUUGUCAGGUCCACGGGGCGCUUGGUGAGGCCAAAGGUCUUGCCGGCGAGACGAAGACUGAUGGAGGGGAGGAGGAGAUAGAGGCAGCGGAUGACGGAGAGGACGAGUUUGACUACCUCGCUUAUGCGCAGGAUCGGGCCUUGUUCUUCUGGGGUGAUGUGGUCGGCUUGGGGAUUGUGAAGAAGGAGGAGUUGCCGGAGGAUCUGCUGAAGAAGUUGAAGAUUGUCGAGUAUUAG